AUGAAGGGCAGCCUGCGGUCCAGUCGCCUUGCCGAUCGCCUCCUCCUGGUCGUCCUCCUGGCUGCCUUCUGCUCCCUUGCGCUCGCCGACGUGUACGAGCCCGACGUGGACAAGGUCGUGACGCUGUUCGAGAAGGACGACAACUUGGGCAGCUCCACGACCAUAUAUUGGCACCAGGCGCACCUGGACGAGGACUGGGCCAGCGUCAAUCAGAAGGGCAUCUGGAUCUACUACAGCGAAGCAAACUACACGGGCGACAACGUGACCGUAGUCUUUGGGGAGGAUUUGUCCAUCAACAUCAGGCAUCAGCUGCGGUCAGUGAGGUACGUCGGGAACAACCGCUUCAACACGCUACCCGCCGUCGUGCUGUACAGCGAGCCUUGGUUUCGUGGCACGGAGUACGUGGUGGAGGUGGGCGACGAGGACGACCUGGUGCUGAUCCCCAACUUCCGCGACCUGGGCACUUCGGCGCAGUCCCUCGCCAUCGUCGGCGCUGACUGGACCUUCUUCCCAAAGCAGAACUUCGGCGGAUCUCGGUGCCUGUGCUUGAGGCCCACCUUCUUCACCAUGACGGAGGACGACGACGGCGAGGACGUAAUGCUAAAAGCGUCCUUCUACCCUGAGUUAUCUGAGAUCGGUCCCGUGGGCAGCGUCAUGAUGUCCUGCAAGACACCCAUGAGGCACCUGUGCCAGAAAUUGCCGGAGGAGACGGUGAAGCGCAGCCGGUGCGCGGUUCUGUCCAACACCGAGCCGAACAUGUGCCAGUAGGCCUCGAGGUCCGCGCUCGUCCGUUCAAAGGAACCGGUACGAAAUGAUCAAAGGACCUUUAAUGGGAGAUCCGGUAGAUUAGGAGUUUCAUUGUCUGUGAGGUGAAUCAGCACUGCAUGUUGAUUCAGGAGUUGAAAGGUCGCAUAUAAAACUCGAACGCAGUUGUCCAAUGAAGGUGUGUGUAUUGUUAUCCAGCGUUCUUUGAAGAUUUAACUUGGUAUACAGGAUUAAAAAUUGUCACAUCAAAAAUGUAGAUAAGCAUACAGAUAUACCAUAUAUAAAAGAGUGCUCAAUAUAAACUUUUGGGAAAACAGUAACAAACUAAUGGUAAAUAAAUAUAAUCAAAGCUUUCAGCUGGCUUCAUUUACAGAUUACCUUAACAAUAGCGAGCAAUGUUCUUGCAACAAUAUAACACAGUCAUAGUGUAAGUAUAGAUAAUAAUAAAAGCAAUUUA